AUGGUGCGUGACUUUGCUGUCUUGUCCUUCUACUUCGAGCUAGCUCAAGCUUUCCUGAAGCAAGCGAAGCGAAGCAGAGAAAUGCUGCAAUACAAUGCAGUGCAAUGGACCCUGUGCUUUGCUUGGCUGGAGAUGGAGGUCUGCUGCGUGCUUGUGCUGGGCUGUGUGCGCGAGGUGUUUAUUCCGAUAAACAUCCGAGAGACGCAAUGGUAUCUUGCUGUGAUCCAUGCAAGAAAUAUGGAGAUACAAGUGCUCGAUUCACUUGGUACUUCACAAGACCGUAAAGACCUCACUGACUCUAUUAAAGGUCUCCAAAGGCAAAUUGAUAUGAUAUCUCAACGUAAGGAGUUAAAAGACCACAGGUGGCCAGACCUCCAAGUUGCUUCUUGGCCGCUCAGAGAAAUAGACAUGGGAUAUGCAAAGCAGACAGAUAGCUCUUCAUGUGGCCUCUUUCUUUUGAACUAUAUCGAAUACUGGACAGGGGAUGAACUGUCUGACAGUUUUACCCAGGAUGACAUGUCACACUUUAGGAAGAAAAUGGUUCUUAUGCCAUGGAAAUUCAACGGAUGUUAUGCCCUUUUCGUAAUAGAUCAUGUUAAAAAGCAUGUGACUUUUAUCGACUUUACACUGACUCAAGAUUGGUGUAAACACAUGCCAUACAAGAGGUUUGCGGAAGCGAUUAUCAUGGCCUCAAAGAAAUAUAAGAUUGCUUACAGCAAGAAACGUUCUGGAUGGGCGGAGGAUAUCUUUAAGUGGGAACAUACAAUUCAGACUGAUGUUCCAAUUGAUUUAAGAGGGUUUAAUACCAGCUACCUCGUUCUACAAGCUAUGGCCAUGUGGGGGAAUGACAGACGAAUGAAAUUUGUUGGGGAUGCAAAGAUUGUUCGAAGGAACUUUGUGAUUGAUCUGUUAAGUUAUGAGGAUAAUUCGUGCUGA